GUCUUUUAGGUUCUGCCCCUUCCCACGUAAAUUCACACGCAAAAAAGAAUUGGCCGAAGCCCACCUUGUCUCCUCAAAUCCCUUCUCUCUCUUCUAUUCAAAAGAAAGAAAAAGAAAAAAAGAAAGAAAGAAAUCCCUUCCCCUCUUUCUCUCUCUGCAAUUCUAUAAAAUUUAUAGUAUAAAACAGUCUCUCUCAUAACCCUAUUUCUCUUUCUUUCUGCAUCCUAUUCAAAAAUCCAUGGGUGUUUUGAUGAAGAAUCAGUGAUAGGCGAGAGAGUGAAGAACGAUCAUUAGGAGAUAGAUCGGUGGUGGACUGGUGGCCAUGGCGAUUCUUUAUGCUCUGGUUGCUCGGGGGUCGGUGGUGCUCGCAGAAUUCAGUGCUACGCCGACGAAUGCGAGCGCCAUCGCUCGGCAGAUCCUUGAGAAGAUUCCUGGGUCUAUGGACAGCCAUGUGUCUUACUCGCAGGACCGGUAUGUGUUCCAUGUCAAGAGGACCGAUGGUCUCACCGUGUUAUGUAUGGCCGAUGAUACAGCAGGAAGAAGGAUCCCUUUUGCAUUUCUGGAGGACAUCCAUGGACGAUUUGUGAAGACAUAUGGCCGUGCUGUUCAUACAGCUCCUGCUUAUGGCAUGAAUGAUGAGUUCUCUAGGGUCUUGAGCCAACAGAUAGAGUAUUACUCAAAUGACCCUAAUGCUGACAGAAUUAAUCGCAUCAGAGGUGAAAUGAGCCAGGUGCGCAAUGUCAUGAUAGAGAAUAUUGAUAAAGUUCUGGAAAGAGGAGAUCGUUUAGAGUUACUGGUUGAUAAGACUACCAAUAUGCAAGGGAACACAAUUCGCUUCAGAAAGCAAGCUCGUCGUUUCAAGAACACUGUUUGGUGGAGAAAUGUCAAGCUCACGGUUGCAUUAAUUGCCCUCCUAUUGAUUGUCAUCUAUGUGGUGCUCGUAUUUGUCUGUCAUGGGUUUACUCUACCAUCCUGCCGGAAGUGAGCGGUUUGAUGCUCUGCAAGCCUCUGAAGAUGAGGUAGAACACUAAAAGUAAGUUGAAGUUUGAGAAGAAGUUAUCUAUGAUUAUUAUUUUUUUUGUUUUUAAAAAGGCAAACAAUCAAGCAGCAAGGAACUUUCUCUCUUGAUCGUGUCUCUUAGAAUUUCGAUUGAUUAAUGUAGAAGAAAAGGUUCUUAGUGCCAGGGCAAGCAGUUGCCAUGUAGUAGUACUUCUGCUUGGCUAUCAUUUGUGAUGCUAUCGCAAUUGGGGCCUGUGGUUAAUUGAGUCGUGCUUGUAGAAUUCAGUGAUUACCUAUACAAUUGUGCAUCUCAGUGUUUUAAAAUCCG